ACUAUACAUACUGACAGCUUUACCAAUACAGCUGAGGUUCUCAUACGUGUUUAUUUUGUAUGUUAAUCAGAAUUCGGAAUCGAUUCUGAUUAGGUUUUUGUGCUUAAAGAAAUCAGUGUCAUUGUUUAUCUAUUUCGAAAACCGCUUUCAGCGUAUUUGAUAAAACUAGUGCAGAUAGCACUUCAUUUCGGCGUCGAAGUUCAAUACGUGUAAAUCGAUAACAAAAAUGUUUUGAAAUAUUGAUACGACUCGUGGUUUUUGGCUUCAAGUGACUUCGGUUACAGAGUGAAGUUCAAGAAAGGCACCAAAAUUUCACUAAUGGAGGCGAAACUCAAAGAAUACCGGGCCCUCAGACGUCGCAAAGAACUUAUAGAAAACACUAAAGAGGCUUUACAACAGACCAAAGAUAAAGUUGUGGACUUUAUAGUUCCAAAAAUAAUACAAAACAUGGGAAAGAUACGAGAAGAAGAAAUUUUAUUGAUUGAGAAUGAGGACCUCAUAGCUCAUGCCUCGCAUGUGGAAGAAAUACCUCCGGAGGAAGCUCGGUCAGAGACAAGCGAGGUUGAAUCUUAUGAAGAAGAAGAAUCCUGCGGGUAUUGCAUGAUCAAACUCCCGAUUUACGCUUUAAUCUGGCUUGGACUCUACGCUUACUUCCUGUACCUACAGUUUGGUGCAGUUUUCUUUGUUAUCUCCGUACUAAUAGGUAUCUAUAUCAACACCCGCACGCGACCGCGGAAGAAAGGAGAAGUGUCCGCUUACAGCGUGUUCAACGAAGACUGUGCCAGCAUUGACGGUACUCUCACUCCCGAACAAUUUGAAAGGGAAAUACGAUAUGGAGCUGGCACUGUAAGGAGUUUCUAAAUUAUUGUUACAUUUUUUAAUUAUACCUUUUUUUUUGGAGCGGAGUUUCAGGUUUAUGAAAUCCUCUAUGUCGAAUUUUUGUUUCUAUUAUUGUCUUCAAUAGCACAAGUCUAAUAUGUACUCGUAGAACCAAAUAAUUACACACAAAAUAUCACUCAUUCAGGAUUAUUAUUUUAUAUUUAUAAAAUAUUUAAAGUAGUAUCAAUGUGACUGUCAAUAAGUAUAAUCUUGUAGCAAACGUGAAAUAAUUAAUCAUAAACAGUUGUAUUGGAAUCUUGAAUCACUUGAAUGUACUUUUGACUAUUAUAUAAUCUAUGAUAAGCUGAAACAUUAGGGACGGAUUUUGACAAGGUUUCCGGCCAUUAGAGUUCCAAAAUCACACGGAAAAAUCGUGUCUAGAUCUUUUAUAAUGGGGCACAAGUAAAAUGGACGAUCAGGUUUCAAAAGAGUCCAGCACCUACGUACCUAAACCUCAACGACCACAAAUCCAGUGUAUUGUUCAACAAUUCCAUGUAAAAAAGGUGCUAUUUGUCAUAAUUCCAACUACCCCAAAACCUCCAGUGAAACCAUGGAUCAAUUAUGGUUAUUACGUCAUAAUCCGGUCCCAUAUAAUAUUUAUUGUAAUGCGAUUUCGAUGUGAUAGUUAGGCAAUAUAAUUUUAAGACUGAGCCACGAUCUUGGCUAACUUUUCGGCUUAUUCCCGGCGUAGUCGGCCUGAGGGGGCCUGCCAUCAGCUCUUAAAGAAAUGACGUGGAAGGGAGAAGCCUUAUCUCUUAUCCCUGUCUCUCUUACAUAAAUGUAACCGUCUAUUAGUGCUGGUGUUAGCCCCCGGUAACUAAAAGUCUGUAGUCAGGGUUUUAGUUUGUAGAUAUUUUUGACUUUUGAACGCCAUAGGAUCAUCAUGGAAAUGAUAAAAUCACAGCUUAGAGAUGGUAAAACCAAUAGACUUAAUUACUGCCCAAAAUGGUUGUAUUGUAUGAGCAGGCAGACGAACUAAAGGACCUUGGCGUUAAAAUCAUUAAAAAAAACAAUGCAGCCACAGACUAUAAAACCCUGUGCUGCCAGCGUAAUAAAAUUACUUUUGUUAUUUAAGUUUUUUAAACAUAAGAGAUUUUUUAGAUCGAAUCUACAUUAGUUAGGUGUCUAUUUGGUAUUUUAACUUUAUCAAUGUAGUGCCUACCGUCUAUACGUUUUACCAUGGUGCGUAGGAGUGGUAUAAUUUGGAGAUCAUGUAAAAUAUACCUAGUUUACUACCCGCUACGAUUUCAAAUUGCUCGACAUAUCAUAGCGUGUACAAAGUACAAGUAUAUUCGAAAUGUGACGUGAGAUGUUAGUGCUAUUAUUGCAGUUUAGACCAUAACAUUAUUAGUAUAAACAACAUGAUUGAGAAGCAAACAAUCAAAGGUCUAUUGAAAAUGUGACGCACUAUGCUAAAACGCACAGUUCGUAUAAAACUGCAUGUAUUUAUAACUUAUGCAUUGCUGUGAUUGAUGUAAGAAUGUAAUCAUUGUAACUUAACUGUAUAUGUAGAAUUAAUAUAAUUUAUUUCAAUCGAA